GGGUAGUGGCGCCGCCAUCGCCUAUGGUGGGUUAUGUACUACUAGGAUAGAAGUUUUUGUUCAGGAAACAGCGGAACGAGCCUUUCUGUCGCUAACAGGUUUCUGGAUAAAUGGCCCAACGAGAGAGUUUUGCAGGUUUUGGCAUAGCUCAACAAAAUAACUAUUACUGCUACUGGCAAAAUCUCCCAUCUGCUUUUAGAGUGAAGCAGGAGUUCCAGCCCAACCAGGGUUACCUCUAUGGCAACUGGUAUGCGCGACAGCACAGCUCAUACCUUCUUUCUGGCUACAGCUAUGGCUGUGCAGUGGAUGGAAAUGGACGGGACUGUUUUUCUGCGCAUGAGACUCCUGAACACACAGCUGGAACUCUGGUUAUGCCUAAGGAAACCACACCUCUAGCUGAAAACCAAGAUGAAGACCCACUAGAAGAUCCACAUCUUCAUUUGAAUAUUGAGGAAUCAAACCAAGAGUUUAUGGUGAAAAGUGAAGAACUCUACGACUCCCUCAUGAAUUGCCACUGGCAGCCUCUGGACACAGUUCACUCCGAAAUUCCGGAUGAGACCCCAAAGUGAAGUGAGGUGUUCAUUAAACUCUGCAAUUAUCAUACUAA